AUGAGUAAUAAGAGUAUCAACGUGGAUGCACUGGAACUAUUUAAUAUAUUCACCUUGGAUCGACGUCAAAACCCUGAUGAAAGGCACGACGAUUUUAUUCAACUAUUCCUGGAGGCACGGCUUAUAGACGAAUUGGAUAAAGAUACCCAGGGACCAAAUAUGAAGUUCAAGAAUAAACGUUUGACUGAAAAUGAAAUGAUAGCCAAUGCGUAUGGAUUUCUAUUGGCUGGAAAUCAGACCACUUGUAUCGCACUGUCCUAUUGUCUACACGAGUUGGCCCUCAAUCAGGACGUCCAACAGAAACUAUACGACGAGAUAUACGGUGCCAUCGAUUCCGACGGACAGAUACCUUACGACAAUGUGUUGGCACGACUACCCUAUUUGGAUGCCGUCUUAUCGGAGACAAUGCGCCGGCAUUUAGCUGUUAUGCCGAUCUCACGGAUCGCAGCCAUUGACUACACACUUGGCGACACCGGUAUCACCAUUAAGGCCGGUCAACAAAUUGAAAUACCCAUCUAUUCCAUACACAAUUCGGAUAAUAGUGGCUCAAGAAAUUGCGUGGGAAAGCGAUUCGCCAUUUUGAAAAUCAAGAUGUCCCUUGCUCAAUUGAUUAGAAACUAUCGCUUCAGUAGGUGUCCUGAAACUGAUGACCAGAUUCGUUACCAGAAAUUCAUUCACUUUAUGCUUCCCGAGAGGCUAUUCGUUGGAAUUGAAGCAAGAAUUUAG